CGAAGCACCUCGCCUCUUGCCCGCGCUUCGCAUCACGCCGGGGCGUGCCAGGUCGCGUCUCCGACUCUCUUUCCUCGGAGCGUCGCCGCGUGGAGGAUGCACGGGAAGAGGGAGGACUCGAUUUACUUGGAGGAGCUGAGACGAGCCCUCAUUCUCUACGGAGAUGCACCCGGGCCCGUCACUUCCACCACGAAGUCCCUCUACGAGAAGAGACUUCUUCGUCUUCAGCAGCAGGGAAAUCCCCUCAGAAUAUCAUCGGAAUCAGCAUUGAGAGCGUCGUCAAAGACUCGCGAGAAGAAGAAGGACUGGAUUGAUUCGGAUGAGUUGAGGGAGGCCCUCAUUUGCGGGGAUCCACCUGGGACCGUCACUUCCACCACGAAGUCCGUCUUCGAGAAGAGGCUUCUUCGGCUGCAACAGCAAGGAAAACCUGUUGAAGUAUCGGCUGAAUCAGCAUUGAAAAAGUCGUCAAAACCUUGCGAGAAGGACUCAGCUGAUUCGGAUUCGGAUGAGUUGAGAAGGGCCCUCAUCCUUUACGGAGAUACGCCUGGGCCCAUCACGGCAAGUACGAAGCCCCUCUACGAGAAGAGGCUUCUUCGUUUGCAACAGCAGGGAAAUCCCUUUAGGGCACCGUCUGGGCCAGCGUUGAAAAAGUCGCCAAAACCUUGCGAGGGCGAGGAGUCAAUUCAUUUGGAUGAGCUGAGGGAGGCCCUUAUUCUUUUCGGAGAUACACCUGGGCCUGUCACUUCUGCCACAAAGUCCCUUUACGAGAAGAGACUUCUUCGUUUUCAACGACUGGGAGAUCCCCCCAAAAUCACAACUGAAGCAGUUGUGAAAGUGUCACCACGCUUCCCAGAGGAGCUGUCAACCGCGCUGAAAGACGUAUCCCUGCUGGACGAGGCAAGGCUAUCCCGCCUGGAGGCAGAGAUGGUGUCCGAAUUCCAGCGCCCCGCGAGGGACGCGAACUGGCGUGAGGGGAUAGUGAAGUCGACGUUCACCUAUCUCCUCUUAGAUCCCCGUCUGACCCGCGACCUCCCUGCUCAGACCCAUCUUGACGAGACGAACAAGUUCCGCGCCUUCGUCUCCUCUGUGUUCUACGUCGGGAAGGGACGUCACUCCCGACCGUAUUCUCAUUUCUAUGAGACACUUCGGGCCACUGAGAAAAAGCACGAGGUGUCAGAGAAGUUGAAGCGUAUCCAAGAGAUAUGGACGAGCGGGUUUGGUGUGGUCAUCCUCCACAUCUUCCUCUCCGUCAUCCCGGUCGAGGCUUACACGAGGGAAGCCGUCAUGAUCGAUGCCAUCGGUUCGUUCCAGUUCUCUUCUUUCUUUUCUGUCUUUCUCCAGGGAUUUUCUUUGGAAUGGGGAUUUUGA